AAUGGUACAGUCUGAAUUUUGUAAGGAGCUGAUGAACAGUGUAAAAAAUCAUUCAGGUGAAAAUUUCAUACAAAAGAAGGGGGAAUUGAAAUUCAACGAGUCGGAACAGAGCAAGACAUCAUAACCUAAAAACCAGAUUUAGUCAAGAUUUAAACAAGAAUUCUCGACAAUAGUUUACAUACAAAAUAUUCGGAAAGACGAGGAGGACGUGAGCUUACCUGUGAGAUAUGAAAUUGCUGGUUUUAUUUCUAUCCGCAUUAUGGUUUUUUGUUGAUGGUUUCCCCGGUAAUGAUUAUACAUGGGAACAUCAUGAUGCCAAAGCUCUGAAAAGGGUGCUAGAUGAAACGGCCGCCGAAUGUCCUGAUAUAACACGGGUUUAUAGUCCAGGUAAAAGCGUCAAAGAAACCGACUUGUGGACGAUAGAAAUUACCGACAAUCCAGGAGAACAUGAGCCAGGUGAACCCGAGUUCAAAUAUGUCGGCAACAUGCACGGUAACGAAGUGGUUGGCAGGGAGAUGCUCUUAAUUCUGAUACCCUACCUUUGUAAAGAGUACAUUAAAGGUACACCAUCUAUCAGGCACCUGAUUAACAACACUAGAAUCCACAUUAUGCCAACGAUGAACCCUGAUGGAUAUGCCAUUGCUCUUGAUGAGUUUAAGACAAAAGGAACAAACACCUGGACUGUUGGACGUGCUAAUUUCAAUGGUAUAGAUUUGAACCGUAACUUUCCAGACAUGGACAAAAAAUUUUUCGCACUCCAGAAGUCGCAUUCCGGUCCAAAUAAUCAUAUCACCAUGACAAUGAGAGAAAUUGGACACUUGCUUCAAAAAGAGACACAGGUAAUCUUAAAUUGGCUCACAGAAUACCCAUUCGCUCUUUCGGCAAAUCUUCACGGCGGUGAUCUCGUCGCUAAUUUUCCGUUCGACUCCAGUAAAGAUAAUCAACCUCAUUAUCAGAAAUGCCCGGAUGAUGCAGUCUUUAUUGAAUUAGCAAAAUCAUACUCGGAGGCCCAUGCCGAAAUGUCAGAUGAGAAUCGUAAACCGUGCGACAUGACUGAAAAAGUAUUUGAUGACGGCAUCACAAAUGGAGCUGAUUGGUACCCAGUACCAGGAGGUAUGCAGGAUACUAACUACCUCUACACAAACUGUUUUGAAAUCACUCUGGAGCUAGGAUGCAAUAAAUUUCCGCCAGCCACAGAUCUACCUCAGUAUUGGGAAGACAACAAAAACGCACUUGUUAAAUACAUGCAGAUGGUGCAUAUUGGUAUCAAGGGAUUUGUAACAGAUGAAGAUGGCUUCCCAAUAUCAAACGCGGCUAUUAGCGUUAAAGGAAUCAACCAUGACAUCACAACAGCUACUGACGGUGACUACUGGAGACUAUUGGUGCCUGGGAUUUACCAGGUAACAGCUUCUAAAGAUGGCUACUUAGCACAAACUAAAGAGUGUAUUGUUGGUCAACAGUUAGCAGCCACGCAAUGCGACUUUCAACUUGAAUCCAACCGUGAAAGGGAUAUACUUCGUGAGUUGCUGAGUAUCCUAAAUGAGCAAUAAUGAAAAUUUAAAGAGAAAUAUAUAUAUAUCAAGAUCAUCUAUGUUUAAGCAAAGUACAUAAAGACAUGAUAACACCCACCACUAUAUUUUUUUUAUUAUAACUGCCAAUUAAGUUUUUGACUAUUCUGCAUAUGUAAAUCAAUAACUGCAUAAUCAUAAGCUGCUAUUACAAGUGUAUGAGGGUAUGCAUAAAAUGCACAAAUAAUAUUAUAAUUUACAGUUGUAUAUUCAUAACCUUGUAAUUACAAGUAAUGAAUACGCAUAAUGUUCUUGCAUAUUCAUAUGUUUAUAUAAUUAUAAGCAUAUAAAGUUUACGUGUAAAACAUUACUUGACAAAAUUGGAUAUGUAAAUUUGUAAUUGUUUACGUAUUAUGGACACAAAACGUUACUUAUUUCAAAUCAAAAAUUUGUGACUGAAGUACAGUUGAUGAUUAAGAUGCGAUACUGUUGUGAAUGAUCAAUCGGAUCCAUGAGAAAUGUUCAUCUUGUACUGAAGGGUGGCCAUAUAUACCGAUAUCUCAUAGACAGCAACUUUAAGUCUCUAAACUUACAGAUUGCUUUAUCUUGUGAUAUGCCUAAAUAUAGUCAUGAUGACAUCACAUCAUGACCAUAUAUAGGCAUAUCAUGACUAUAUCUGGGCAUACAACAAUUUUUUGUUAAAGAAAAGUUGAUAAUCUGGACAGAGCUUUACCAAUAUCAUCAAAAUUAUUUAAAUCAGAUCCCUCAGGAGAACAUUACCAAAAUCUCAUCUAAAAAUAAACACGCUUCCCUCAAUUAUCUGAAAAUUUUAUUUAAAUUCAGAUUAUUUUUUCAUUAAACGCGCAUCAACAUGUCAGUGGCUGGGUACACUUCAAUGAGUACAGCUCGUAACCAGUCGCACCAAAUAAAAAUAACAAUCCCUGCAGAAUUCGCAAGAUUUAAUGGUGAUAUCUCCUAAUGUUUGAUGUCUCUUUAAAAAUAAUAUAUUUUUAAUGGCGAGAAUCUUGGAAAUCAGAAGUGUGAAUGACGUGUAUAGAGGUGUGGAGAAGUAAAUGUAUAUUUGUCGUGCUGUCUGUCUGUCUGUGAAUCUGACCACUGAGUAUUAGUUACCGAAUUAGUUUCCCCAUGUAAUUACUAGAACGGAACGAUGGCACUUUGAGAGCAAAGCUACACAUAAUGAUUUUGUAGUACCGUACUAAAACUAUUUUGCCUUAAACAUUUAAAUUUACAGUGGCGUAUCCAGGAAUUUGAAAUUGAGAGCAGAGCUACAUAUAAUGAUUUUGUUGUACCGUACUAAAACUAUUUUGCCUUUAACAUUUAAAUUUAGAGUGGCGGAUCCAGGAAUUCAAAAUAAAGGGGGCCCAGGGAGGAACUUCCACAGAUGGAGGGUCUAUACCACAUCAGUGUCACCAUGGUUGGGGCUAAAGUAAGAAUAUUUAUCAUUUUGGCACAUCUAGAUGGCCGCAAAUAGCACUGUCAAAUUUAAAUAUAAUUUUAUGUUUUUCUACAUUUAAAAAAAUUUAGGUGAUGGGGGGAGAGGGGGAGGGCUGUGCCAGCUGGCCAUUGUUUGGAUCCAGCACUGAUUAUUAAAAAUUAUCUUUAUGUAUCAAUGCUUAUAAUUUCAAAUAGUAAUAUAAAUUCUCUUAUGAAAUAUAGACCUAUAUUUUUUUCCACAUCUAUACUAUGACAAAAUGAUACUAAUUCUGGUCUAUCGUUGAUAAAACUUAUCAGCUAUUACCAUCAAUUAUUUUUACUAUCAUUAUGAACAUGCAAAUUAAUGUCCAUACACUGAAUGAUUAUUUAAUAUAUAAUUGCAUGAUUAUAAUUGAUUUAAUAUACUGGUCAUACCAUAUUAUGGUCUGACCAGUCAAGUCCAGUUAUUAAUAUAAUUUAUUAUCAUGUGGCAAUGUGUAGGCAGAAUCCGAACCAGUGACCUUCUCGCCCUCGUAACAAAAACGUAUGCAGAAGUAAUGGAUUAUUAGAUCGUUUAGAUGUGAAUUCUCAGGAGAAACCUAAACAUAUCCUGCAAAUAAUAACUGCUCAGAUAUUUAAUAACAGUUCCUUGCAUAAUGCAAGAAGUCUAGGUGCUGUUCAUAAAAUUUAUUAAUUCAAUUAUAAUUUGUGAUAAAAUUCAAUUACAAUACAAUACAAAUCUUUCUUUAUUCUGGAAUGCUCUUUCAAUACAAUUGACAUACUAGUCUCCUAAGAUGUCCAGAUUUGGUAAAAAUAUUGCUAUUUCAUAAAUGAAAGAGAAAGUGACAUAAUAUAGCUGGGAAUGUUAAUUGGGUAUCCAUGUAAAUUUUGUGUCUGCAAAACUUCAAUAACGUCUGCAAGACGUCAAUAUCGUCUGGUUGCCUAUACUGCCAUUCACGAAAUACAGUAGGAUCUGUGACUAAAUACAUGCUUGUAACCGUGAAUUGCUAUAAAAUUAAUAAAAAGUUAUGUCAAUGAAUACAUUUUUUCUAAUUUCAUCAUCAAAUUUCACAAUUUAAAGGACAAGCAACAAUAAUAUAUUUCAUUUUAUUACUUAACCAAAAAAAGAGUAAAUAUAAGGAAGAUGAUGUUGGAAUCAAAUGGUAUAUUUAAAAAUUUGUCAAAUAAAUUUAACAAUUAAAUUAUGAAAAAAGUAAUUUUGAAAUUUAUGGCUUCAAGUUAUUAUAGGUUCAAAGUAUUUAUUCUUUCUCAACAAAGAGUGUCUCAUCACACCAAACAGUUUUAUUGUAAAAUGACAAGUUUUAUUAUUUUAAAUUAAUUCAUUAAUUAUUCAAUAUUUUGAUUGAAAAUUCACCUAAAAAUGUAUUGGAUUAGUAUAAAAUAUUAAAUUGAAAAAUCAUCUUUUGAUGAAAAUUUAAGGAAUAUUCUAUUUACAAUGAAUGAAAGCGAAAAUGAAUUCAAUUCCCAGAUGAUUUUUUUGUCAAUUAAGUCGGCUGGUCUUGGCUUGAUUCUCAACCGGAAAGAAUUCCCAUGUAUGGUGGUUGUAAACAUUUGCUUCUAGCAACAAGGUUGUUGACGAAUUCGAUCAUUACUAAAUAAUUCCCUUUUCUAAUUAAUAUUCAAAACAGGGUUGUUGAGUGAGGUAUUUUCAAUCUAUAUUUAUCACAACUUCCUGUCUUUCGUGCGUUGUCAAGGUGAUUCAUGUAUGGUGAAGCGUCACACUAUUGUUUGGAUUUAAUCCUACAAAAUUGACGGGCUUAUAAUAAUGAAACUAAAACUCUGCUCUCUCAACAUUGACAGUAUGUGAAGAAGACAUAACCUACUGUUACCUCGUAAUCAGUUAUAGUCAAAAUAUUUUUCAUAUAUAAUAAAUAAAACCAUUUAUUUAUUAUUGAAUAGAUAUAUACAAUUUCGUCUAAUGAAUGUACUGAUGACUGGAAUUCAUGUAAUCUUAGAUGUUUGGUGCAUUAAUAAUGUUAAAGGACAAUAAUUAUCAGAAGAUGUAACAAGAAUUGAUUUAAAACCUAGACAUAUUUAUUUCAAGGGUUGAUAUAUUUUUUAAUUAUUUUUUUUUUACAAAUAAAUGAACAUUACCAGCAACUACAGCAGAAUGUUCAUAAAUUCACCAUUUUACGUACAAGAAUAUAUUUUUUUAAUUUUUGUGAGGGACUCUAGAGGGCAGUAUAAUCAAAUAAGAUGACUUGAUGUAAUACUGUAUACACGUGGAUUCUGUGAUUUUGUAAAACAAAAUCAUCAAGUAUAUCUGACACCACUUUUAUUUAGCUCUAUGAUGUACUGUAUUAUUGUUUACUCCCUAUUGUAAGAAUACUUUACUGCCAUGCAAGUUUAAACAAUGGGAAUAUGUUUGUAAAAUGGCUGGCGUUUUUCAAUUCAUGUAGUCAUACUUCCAAGAAUACUGUUCAUGUAUCAAAAUAUAUGUAACAUGAUGCUGCUGCUGCCACUUUUAGCAUGAUGGUGGUGGAUUUGUGCUUGUGUACAACCCAUUUUGGAGAAAAAAUACAGUACACAAAUACCCCUGUUAUGAUGGAUUAUAGAACUUUCACCAAAACCUCCCCUUGGAUAAUGAAUGUUGCAUGAGGUCACACAAAAUGAUAACCUAAACAUAUAAUGUGUUUGUGGGGCAAAGAAGCGCUUAUUCCUAUUGCCGUUCUGAUUGGUCAAUUAAGUUUGAUUGACACUCGGGAAAUUUCCAUUAAGUCUGGGCCUACUUAAAUAUCAAAUAUACUCUAUUAAUUAUACGUCAAUCAUGACAUCAUCACUGCAACUCCCAAUGUUAUUUUCCUAUCCCAACCGUGCACUAAUUUUUCAUUAGUGCAUGUUUUGCUUGAUAUCUAUUUAGUGAUGAAUUGUAUCAUCAUACAGAUAUAUAAAUAUGGAAUUAUAAAUCAAUUUAGUUUCAUAAACAAUGUAUGUUUUUUUUCUUGGCUUUAAUGUACUUUAAUGAUGCUUAGUGUAGUUAAUGUUGGUGUGUAGAUCUUUGGUGCAAUAAACAUUUCCACGCUGUUAUAAAGUUAGGAAGAACAAUUUAAUUUCUGUUGAAAUUGUCACUCUUCUAAAGAUGUAUUUUCACAUUUUUUUUAACCGACAGUUCUGCUAAUUAUUAUGCAGGAACUAACGUUGGGUGAUCAGAGCCCAAAAUCAGAAAAUAUUGUGUGCAUUCCAUAUUGUCUGUGAUGUUUAUAUAUUAAAUCAUAUAUGAUUGUUAAA